UAUCGGCUAGCCAUAUGCAGCUUCGGAUCCUUCGGUCUGAAGGAUCGUUCCCGGUGUGCCACUGCCCGUGAGCAGUAGAGUAAAGGCCACGGGAUUGCGGAGACACUGAAUUUAUUCGUAAUUCAGAUCCGCUACAUGAAAUUGACGGGUUGUCUGGAAAGAUCUCAAUGCCAAAUUUCAACUGCAGUCCUCAAAUUCAACCUACAUUAAAAUGUGCAAAUGAAAAUCGGCUUUAGCGUGAAAUCCCUGGUUCGUAAACUUUUGACUCAGAUGAGUACACGUGCUGAUAUGGCUUCGUCUGGUCUCCCUGUUGCAGAAAAACGAAGAAGAGGCGUGCUCGUGAAUCGCCCUCGCCGUCGGCUGUCUCCGAGGCGAGCACGCUCUUGCAAUCCAACGCAUCCACGCCCCUUAAGGAUGCCAUGUCGACGGCGACCAUCUCGAUCGACUCGGGAGCCGACCUGGCUGCCGCCCGCAGCGCCACUUCGACGCCGGUGGCCAAGGUAGUUCCCGAGGUUGGUGCGUCGACCACAACCCGCGGUGCGGCCUGGCGGCGCGGAAAAAGCAGCAGCGUCAUCAAGGACGAGAAACUGACAUCCAUGGCGCUGGUUGUCGAGGCCUCAGAGAACACCGGCAUCACGCACACUGCCACGGACCCGGACAUGGCGGCAGCCGUUGCUAUGCGAGAAUGGGACGAGUUUGAGAAUAUAAUGGACCAGAGCCGACCGCUGUCCGGCAAUUCCGCGAUUGAGAAGGAUGACAGACUAGGGAUGCCGUCGUCUUCGGAGCAGCUGUCGCCAGCGGUCUCUUACGAUGGCCAGGACCCCUCACCGUCGCCGCCACCCAAGCGCAAAGCGCGCGGACUGAGUACGGUGACGUUCGGCGACGCGCAGUCGUACCGCCUCACGUCGGCAGAGCCGUCGACGAGCGAGAUUCUGGGCCAGGGAUCGCGUCAGCUGCGCAUCUUGGCUUGCGCCCAGCUGUCCCUCGGGGCGCUCGCCUUUCACUACCAGUCGAUGCGGCUGCUGGCACCUGUCGACGUGGUGGACCACUGGUGCAGGCAGCCGCCCGAGUUCGCCAACCAGAGCGCGCACGCCUGGAAGAGCGCCUCCAUUCCCGUGGGUCCCGACGGCCGCUACAGCAGAUGCACCGUCUACAGGUUUCCCUACUCACACGGUGCGGAAGCAGCCACACCGGGGUCCGCGUCCUCCUCGAUGUUGUGGCCCGGGGUCUUCGCCCGGCCCAGGGGCGAGCUUCCGUGCCGCGACUGGGACUACGACGUGCCUCCGGGCGUGCUCACGGCCCUGAACCAGUGGGACCUGGUGUGCUCCAACGCGUGGCUGGUGCUCGCGGCGCGCCUCUACACCUACUUCGGAGGGGUCGUCUGCAUGCCCUUCCUCGGCAAAGUGGCGGACAGAAUGGGUCGCAGGCCGGUCCUGCUCACCUGCGCCGUGGUCGCGGUGGCCGCCGCAGCGAUGACAGUGUUCGCGCACUCGUUCCUGCAGCUCGUCCUGUCGCGCAUGGUGGUGGCGGCUUCGCUGAACGGCUUCUCGCUCGUCUCCACCAUUCUUCUCUUUGAGGUCACCUACGAGGCCACCAGCGCCGCCAGAGUCGUCUUCGACCGGCGCACGCUGGCGUUCGCCUUCCUCGUGCCGGUAUCCCUGCUACUGACCACUUUCCAGGCCGCCCGGGAGUCCUCGCGGUGGCUGCUCGUCACCGAGGACGUCGCCGACUUCGUCGACAGGCACUACGCCACGUCCCCGUAUGGGUGGCGGCGCUCUGACGCCGAACUGGACCGCACCUCUAUCCGACGGCUGGGUGCGACCAGGGCUGUCGCGGCUUCCGAAGGACGUCGCGCCACGGAGGGAUCACUGCAGCCUGGCAGCGCGGUCAGCACGAUCGUCCUGCCCGGAUUUGUGGCGAGGACCGCAUCGCUGUCAGUGCUCUUCCUAAGCCUGUUUGUCAUCAUGAACGAAACGCCGCGAUGCGGUGCACCGGAAAGGGACCCGCACAUAUCCCCGGCGUCACCGGCCCUGUCCUCCUGGCGGACGGCGUUCCUGGUGAUCCCGCGCGCAGCCAGUGUCCUGCUGGCGGCUCGACUGUUGCAACGCUGCGAGCGCAAGAGGGCGCUGAUGCUAGGUCUCCCUCUCAGCUGCGCCGCCAUUGCUCUGCUAGCCCUUGUCGAGCCGGCCCUCCCGAGCGGUGGCUGGUUCGUCUACGUCGUGGUUGUUGUGGGCGAGCUGGUGUUAGCGACCGUGUUCGUCAACCUAGCUUUCGCCUGCGUCUACUGCCUCGAACUGUACGCGACGGUGGAGCGUGCCACGGGCUUGGGCACCGCCUGCUCGGCGGGAUUUCUGGGCGGCGUCGCGCUUACGUGCCUCUUCGAGGGCCAAGACCCAGCAGUGCGGAAGGUGUGCGGCCUGUCGCUGGCCGUCGUGGCCUUGCUGCUGGUUGACCGGCUGCCCGAGACCAAGGACGCCCGAGGGGCUGACGCGGUGCUCGACGCAAUCUCGGAGCUCAAGCGCUACAGUAUGUCUAGCGCGUCGAAGGGCUUCGCGAAUCCGCGUCCAUCGACCGACUCCGGUUCCUUCCCAUUGACAGCUUGUGACUGA